AUGUCUGCCGUGCCCACCAAAUCCGUUGUCCUCAUCACAGGAGCUGCAGGCUGGCUCGGAGGCCUCCUCGCAGAAGCCCUCGUCGUUGACCCUGAUUCGCCUGAUGUGCACCUCAUCCUCGCUGACAUCGUCGAGCCGAAGGCCCCUGCGGGCGCGCACGUCAUCACCCUGAGGACAGACCUAACAAUUGCAUCCAACGUCGAGAGCCUCUUCGAGACCACAUACGGUAUCCCUGACGUCGUCUACGCCAUGCACGGCAUCAUGUCUCGCGGAUCGGAAGACAACUUUGACCUCGGCCUCAAGGUAAACGUCGACUCCGUCCGCUCGCUCCUCGACGCUGCACGGCAUAGAGGCACCUCUCUCGCCAACGGACCUAUUAAAUUCAUCUUCUGCUCCUCUCUGGCGGUCUACGGCGGGCAACUGCCGGAUGUUAUUACCCCUGAUACGAUCGCGACGCCCGAGGGUGCGUAUGGGGCGGGUAAGUUGAUGUCAGAGCUCCUUAUCAACGAGUAUUCUCGCCGCGGUUUCGUCGACGGGCGUAUUCUGAGACUGCCAACGAUCGUCGUGCGCCCCGGAGUGCCCUCCAACGCCACUUCGGCCUUCCUCUCAGGUAUCAUCCGCGAGCCGCUCAAGGGUCUCCAGUCCAUAUGCCCUAUCGGCAACGCGCUCGAGUCCUCUGCACUCGAGCUCGCGGCCUGGGUUGCGAGUCCCCCGACGACGAUCCGAAAUCUCGUGCGGGCGAGACACGUCCCGACCGCCGAUCUGCGCCCGCACACACGCGUUAUUUGUCUCCCGGGCUUCACCGCGACCGUGCGUGAGGAGCUCGAUGCCUUACGCGCCGUCGCCGGUCCAGACGCGGUUGCGCGUGUCAUGUUCAAGGACGACCCCGUGAACCGCCGUAUCGUGUCUUCCUGGCCCGCAAAGUUCGACAAUACGUAUGCAUUGUCCCUCGGGUUUUUUGUGGACGAGGGUGGAAUGGAGCCGAUCGUGCGCAGUUUCAAGGAGAAUGUAGAGGCCGGACGUGCAUAG